AGAAGCUGUGCGCUUUGACCAGAUGCCAACCACACUGCAACUCUUUCAAUACAGUAUUACUUAAUAUUGCAUUGUUCUGUCGCUCCAGGUACAUAAUCGUUCGUAGUUUUCCAUGAAGAAUGGGUUGCGCUAUUUCAGAUCUGGCGGCAAAAUCUGACUUUGAAGAGAGAGGCACAGAUGAUGUUCCUACGCAGCUCAGCGACGCGCACAUCCAGAUGAUAAAGGACUCCUGGAAAGUUAUCAGGGAUGACAUCGCUAAAGUUGGGAUUAUUAUGUUUGUCGGGUUGUUUGAGACCCAUCCCGAGUGCAAGGAUGUCUUUUUCCUCUUCCGUGAUGUGGAGGAUCUGGAGAGACUCAGGACUAGCCGGGAACUUCGGGCACACGGGCUAAGAGUCAUGUCUUUUAUUGAGAAGAGUGUGGCUAGACUAGACCACCUGGAACGGCUGGAGACUCUGGCUAUUGAACUGGGGAAAAGCCAUUAUCAUUACAAUGCACCACCCAAAUAUUACAAUUAUGUAGGAACAGAAUUCAUCUGUGCAGUGCAGCCUAUUUUGAAGGACAGGUGGACAUCAGAGUUGGAGGAAGCAUGGAAGACUAUGUUCCAACACGUCACGGGUCUCAUGACACAAGGAUAUCAAGAAGAAAGCACCCGACAGCAUCAUCUCUCCUUAUCUCCCAAAGAAAGACCGGAAAAAAAAAGCACUGCACUAUGAGACGCCUCU